CUUCGCUGGUUUCUUCCAUAUUUCAAAGAGAAGGAAGAUUACACUGCAGCUUAACUGGAAGGAAACUCUGAAGCAAGGUAAAAAAAAUGCUCACGUCAUCUUAUUUACGCACGGCUCAAUAGGAUUCAUAUAGGGCAAGCACGCGCGCUGUGUUAUAAUGUGUGUUAGAUUCCUUAUGCGAUUUCCCUCGGCCACUCUCACGUGAGGAGCACGCACUUCUUCACUCCAGAGAUCUCCGAGUCAUUUUCCUUGCUGGCUGCCAUACAAUUUUUAUGACGUUAGUUCCGAGAAUUGAUAUUAUGUCAACUAGCAUUCCCUUUAGUGAAAUUUUUCAUUUAUCUUCUCGAUCAUUUAUAUUUAUAUUGCUCGGAGAAAUUCUGUCUUGAUCACUCAUGUGAGUGAAAGAUUAAGUGUCGAUCCCUUUCCCCGUAGCAAUUUGUAGAUUUCCCCACGAUGGUUUUAAUAAGACGAUCGAUCAUAUUGGAACAGCCGGCAAUUUCCGAAAAUCGCCUGACUCAGAAACUCGUCCUUAGCACUCCUCGGCUGUACUACUAGCCGGAAGGAUUAUGUUACUGAGACGAGCAUUUCUAUUCUUGGUUCCCAAUCAGGGGUGGUCACGUCAUUAGCGUGCUCAGGAAGUUCUGAAGCCAGAAAAGCAAAUGACAUUGGCCGUUUUUAUGCUCGACUUUAACGUCUUAGACAGCUUUAACGUCUCUAGCAUAAAAACGGCCAUUGUUUGCGUUUUUCAGGCGAGUGCAGGUGGCACGAAGUAGUUAAGAAACUUUGCGUGAGUUGCGCCGAGCGUUCAAUUUGGCUUCUCGGUUGAAAAAAAGCGAAAAAGUAUCCUCACGCCCUAACGGCCUUAAGCCGUGUUUGGAACAGGCAAGUUCUUGAGUAAGACCCUACGUUCUGUUUGCCAACGAAAGAGAAGUCACGCGGCAAUGUCUUAUGGAAAUGAAGGGAGUAAGUUUCUAAAGAAACUGCGGUGCUGCGUCGCUGGGGGUAGUAAAAAAUAAUUUGGUUUUAUCUACCGAGUUGAUGAUGCGUAUGAAUAAAGCCGAUGUCUCUAGAAUAGUCCUCCAUCAUUCGCUCUUAUUUCAUGGAAUCCAACCACUGAAACAUUUCUUCGUUUCAUGUCACAUGUGCAACGUUUGCUUUUUCAAGAAUUCAGAGCAAACAAGAGAAAACGAUGUCCCUCUAUUUUCUCUUACGUGGAAGAUAAGUCGCUCGAACGGAUGUCAUGGCUUUUUAAGUAUUUCGCCCGGCUGAAAAAUGGUAGCCAUUCAGAACUCUGUUCGUGAACAGGAACACUCAUUUUGUGAUCCCGUGAAAGGUCAAUUGCAUAUAAAUAGCACUUCCUCGAUUCUUUUUCAACAACAAAGCAGAUGUUUUAACAAAUAAUUAGAUUGCGAAAUGUCACAGUUAAGAGAUUAAACAUCCUUCAUUUUAACGAGAUAGUAGGGAAAUCAAUCUGAUAUCGUCGACCGGUUCUGAAUAAAAAAUGACUCCGCGGAAACUGUUCCGCCGAAAAUAAAUACCAAAAAAUUUUAAACCAGAAAAUUACUUGCAAUCGUGUAUCAGUAUCAGUUACGUGAUUUGAGAUCAAAACUGAGAAAUUGUUAGAAUAUUCUUCAUACUAGGAAUCGAGCCCAGCGUCAACAUAAGCGUCGUUAUGUAAUUCGUGAAGUACAAAUGAUCCAAACUAUAUUGCCCACAAAAAACAGAGACAAACUAACGUUUGCGGUAAUUUACAAUUAACUCACCCUUCCAUGGUGAGCGUUCUUGUGUCUUUGAGUAGGGUCAGCAUAUAUUUAGACACAAACUAAGCAGUCGACAUUGUGAUCUUAUUAGUAGGGCUGUAAAGGAACUCGAUAAUUUCGUUUUACCAACGCAAUCGUAAUUUAUAGUGGCCAAGGUAAAGAAACACAUAUGUUCCAAACUAUUUAAGGACAUAUGUAUAUAGGGGGUACGUUUGGAAACUGUAGAGCUGCAUCAGUGCGGAAGUGCAACAAGGUAAUUUCUUUUUAUCAGCUGAGUUAAUUGAUAAUGUAAAUUGACCACAAAGAGUUUCUAAGCGUUAGCCCUUCGUCGAAGCGAAACUGCGAAGGAACGCCGCCCUAGAAUUUACCUUAAAAUUCUCAACAUAUCAAGUAGUUUAGUAUCAAGAAUGAUACUUAAGUUAAAAGUGCUCCACUUCGCAACAGAAAUUAAACCACAACGUGCUGGAAAAAGACGUUAAUACAUUAAUGCGACUCCUGUGAGCCAGAUCCUUUAAAAGGUUGUAUUACAUUACCGACUCAGUUGAUAAAACCGAAUUAUCUCUGAAAGGCUAAUUGAGUGCGUAAACGGCCUCUUUUUCAGUUUCAAUUGGGAACAUUUGAGAGUUGAAGUAUUUUGCAGGUUCCGUGUCACAGGUGGUUUUUUUUGGUUGAUUUAAUCACAUAGCUAUAGAUUUAAGGCGAGACCUAGACCAACAAUAAUCCAGAAGAAGACAAAAUUUUACAAAUGUUAUCUAAUCUCCUUCAGUGGGCUUGAGUUUCUUUUGGAAAGACGCCAGGUCGAUGUUGAGUUCCACUUCUUCCUCUGCGCCCAAACAGGUUUAAAAGCUUAAGAACUUUUCUACAUAUUUUAUUGCCAGCUUAGCUCGGUAGUCCGCCGUAAUACUCGCUGAGUGGAGAUCAAAUCAUCCCGUAACUGGGCAAAGGAUCCUUUCUUACCGAGAAAAAUCAGCAAUUUAAAAACAUCCGGCACGCGGAGUCCUAAUUAACAGGUGAUGGAUUGAUAGAUAGAUAGAUAUACAUUGAUAUAUAAGAAGUAGUUGGAUUAAUUAUUGAGCAUGCCCCCUACGAAUAGAACUGAGUCUUAAAUACUAUAGACAUCACGACAUUCCCUCGCACUAUUGAGUGAACCUUGCGACAGGAGACUGCGGAAGAACACUGGUAAGCUUAAGUAUGAGAUUCAUUUUACCAUAACAAGGACAAUUCGAUAUAUCAACGACCAGUUGGCAUCAGUUUCUCACUUUUUUAUAUUCUUUUAUUGUCACCCUAUCAUUAAACACGUAGUUAUAAAUUAAGAGUUUUUCGGUUUUGCAUGGUUGAAGGUGUUAUUUCGUUUUGAAAAUUCACUACUUCUCUUUAUGCUAAGUGUCACAUGCUGAGCAUAAUCAGCGGAAAGGGAAGAAAACUUGGGAAUUACUGACGAAAAAGACAGUAAUUCGAUCAAAAAUGAAAAAAAAUCGCAAUUUUAGACACCUUUUGCUUACUGUGAGUGUUUGCUAGGCGCUGGAAACGAGCAAUAUGAUUUUUCUGUUGAGGGUCAUCAAACACUGUACGCUGAAUCAAGAUAGCUCACCUAAGAUCGAUCACAACGUUUUAAUCGUUUGUCUGGCAUAAAAUUCAAGGGAAAGUUGCUUUCAUAAGCGUUAAAAAAUUCCCCUUUCGACGGAACAGUUAAGAAGCCAGCCAUGCCUUUUUCCGACCAGUUUCGAUGCAUUAAGGCCAAACAAGCGCAAAGAUAAGAUGCUCUUUCGUUCACCGUUCGACUAAAGAGCAGUUAGAUUCACUAUCUAUGUGGCGUGUGGCGUGUGACGUGCUGAGUAAAGAACGCUUGAGUCAGCGUGAGAAUUCGAGUUGGACUUUGAGUUACCUGUUGAGUCAAUUAUCAAAUGAUUCAAUUUAAACACAAGUCAAUUAUUCAGCUCUUUCCUCAAGUAAAUGAUACAUUUGUGCAAUAAAUAUUCCUCACUUAACAAAAAAAGAGAAAUCUUUACGAGCACUGAUCAAGAAACCGAGUUCGGAAACAGAAAAAAACUUAUCUCAGGUUCGAAAACAAAAGUAAUAUCGCAAAAUGAAACAAAUCUGACCAGUGAGAAACGGUAGAACAUUUGAUCCUGAUAAUAGAUAUCCUCAAGAGAAAAUGAGGGAUAUUAUUUUUUUUUGGUAUUCUCUGAUACAAAAACAGCUCGAAGUUAAAAAAUGAUUUAAGAUUUAGGAAGUAGAAGAUUCACUGCCAUAAGACCCGGAUCAAAUUUAAGACAGCGGAGAAGUUUAAAUGUACAUGCCUUCAUUCCGCGAUCCGCCGGGAGUGGAAAAAAAAGAUUUCUGAAAACAGAAAGCCGUUAGACUACUCGAAACAACUCUUCGCCGUGAAAAUGCGAAGAGAGGGUAACUACUAUUUCAGAAGUAAAAUUUCAAAAGAACAAAGUCGGCUCUAAAACUGAAAUGAACCUGUCACAGGAAACGAAAACCUUUUGCGACGCAAAAUCGCCCACCAAUGUUCAACUUAAGGAAACCAAUAUUUAUGUGCAUAAAGAAAAUCACCCUCUCUGUGACACGGAGUAAUUAAAAUUUUAUCCCUCCCAAAGGAGAAGAAACUUCUCCAAAGAAAGGAGCCAUAAGCGGCAGAGUUUCGGAUUUCCGUCGCCGUUUGAUGCUCUCAAACUAAUUUGGAAAACGCGUUGGUAAACUAACUUGCAAAUAUUUACCAAUUAUUCGAGUUGUGUGUUUGUUGAGUUCGACAAAUCAUACAGAAAGCGUCGCACUGUGCUCAAAUGGAUAAUUUCAAGAGAGUAGUAAGCUAUGAUUAACUGAAGAGAUUCUCAAAUGCUCAUUUAUCGGAACGAACUUUGACGUUUAAGGGGGACACAAGCUUCAAACAAAAGAUAUCCGAGAAGAGGAAUCGAAACUUAAGACUGUCGUAUUUCGAGGUGCGAUGCUGUACCACUGAGAUUCUGAAAACUCGUUGGUUCUAAAAGUAGAAUGAGGGUUUUUUAAUUGCCCCGUUCGAGUUGCAAAGAGCCGUCUAAAUGAGCUGUUCUGGAAAAAUCCUAACAGGAAGCGAAGUACUUUCGUAUGUCAGUAAGAUGAUUAUAAGUUCUUCCGCUCGUGUUUUACGCCUAAGCAGUCCUUUUUUUUUUUUUUCUCUAUCUUGCGUAAUUCAGUUCUGAGAGGUUCUUCCCCGACAGCUGUCACUUUUUAGAUAUUUCCUUCAAGCCUGCAAAGCCCUUUUCUGAUAACAAGGAAUUUUCUAGAAACAGCUGGGUAGCUCUCUUAGCUUUCUUUUUUUAAGGUUGAAAGUGAAAUUUAGAAUUUUCCGUUGCGGAAAAAGACUUGCUUGUUUAGCAAUAUUAGCCUUGAAAUAUAUUUAGUACUAAUUAAAAACCGGUGCUACUUGGAGAUAAAGGAGUAGAAGUAUUGUCACUCAAUUUAGCAAACAUUCCGUCUGUGUCAAAUGCGUAGGUGUAUUAACAAUUCUAGUUCGAACUGACAUAAAAAUUAUCCGGUUUUUAAAGAAAUGCUUACAAGCUAUUAUUUAUCUGAAAAAUUCCGCUGUAAAUAUGAAGCGGUAAAUUCAUCACAGGUGAUUCUAUUUUUGCCGCGUUUGUGUUUUCGUAUCUAAAAAGAUUAAAAUUAAUUUUGUCGUCUCCAGCAAGUUCAAAAUAGUUUUCCACGGCGGCAAAAAAAUUUGACUCAAGUUGGUCUCUUCCAAUAUAAAAUCCGUAGCCUGAUAUCGCCUAUCGUCAAUCAAACUAGCUUAUGGUGUUUGGAGCGCCUGCCUUUCGUCAUUCGCUCUGACGAAGGGCAAACGCUUGAAACUUUAGCUUAAAAAAUCCUCAGUCACGCCGGCCAAUUUAUAUUAUCAACUCAGUUGAUAAAACCAGGUUAUUUUGUAAAAACCUCCCACCAACGCAGCACCACAGUUUCCUUAGAACUGAACUUACAGCCCCUUCUCCCUCGUUCUCGUCACGCACUAUUCAACAAUUUGACGUUGUCAGCUGUGACAAACGAAGUUAAAGCUUCACUUUGAGUUAAAACAUUUUGUACUCUAAUGAUUCAAAGAUCAGUUGUCUGCGCUGUUAACGAUACAUUCUUAUUAUUUCCGACUUGAGAAUUUGCUGUGAAAUCAAACCAUAUCCCUCGUUUGAUACUUCUCUGUAUCUUUCCCACCAUUUACCUGAAAAAAAUUCGACAUCAUCAAUAGAAAUCGUCAGGGGAAAAAUCUCUAAUCAACUCUGAAGGUGAAAGGGUCAAGAACAUUUCCCAUAAUGCACGCUAAAAAUAUCAAUUCUAUCAACUGGUAACAGCGUCGCUGAGUGUUGUGUGGGAGAAUUUCAUGCUGCAUCGACGAGUUACUCCACACGACACGAUACUUACAUCAAAAAUGGAGCAAAGAAAAAUUACAAGUUGUCAUAUGUCCUUACCAUCAGGAAGUUACCCAUUUGUAGAACGCCUUUCUUUUGCAUCUAAUUCUUUAUGUUGUUGACAACAUAAUGGUGCCGUGCUAAUUAAGUCAUGUUAUCUUUCUCAGAUCAUUUUACAAGAUGUUGAUAAAGUAAAAUGUUCUCCUGGGUCAUGAAAACGCAAAAUAAUGUAAAGCAUUCGCAACGGCUAAUCAGGAUAAAAGAAGAUAUCAAAAAGAGACAAAGAGUACUUUUAUCUUUCAUUGUUUCCUUCUGAUAAAUCGUCGUAGAAUGUCGUAAGCGCGGGAAAUCGCGGGUUAAUGGGUCGUGACUGAUUUUUGUUUUUUAUAUGAUUGGUUGAGAGGAUGGCGUGACUUUUCUAGACCAGUCACAGAGCGGAGUCAAAAGGCAAAAGCAGAAAAGUCCCAGAUUUCUUUUGACACUCGAUCGAAGAUUGCUUAUUAACGAUCGAUUAUGGAACACACCCAAAUAAAUUCUGAUAAUGAAAAUUGGAACACGUACAAUUACGGAUGGAAAAGAGAACUUUUAAAGCUUCCUUGAAAGCGUUGCAAAGAAGAAGUGGGCAGUUUUCUUCUUUGAAAAAAAUCGUCUUAAAUAAAUGUAGUGAUAUGUAGGUGUUUUCAAAAAUAUCCUAUUUAGCUAAUCGUAUUCCUUGUUGGGAUAAACCAUUGUCUCAAAGCAUAACAUACAACUAGCAGAUUUUAAAAUUUUUCAGAAUGUCAAAUGUCUCAGAAGUUAAGGCGAAUCUUCGCUCAAGCUUAGGAACCAUGUUACAUUUCUCGCUGCUUUCGUGGAUAAAAAAUACUGUAACAGUUGUUAAAUUUGUUUAAAAAUGGAACUCACAUAGAGGCCCGACAGGAAACAUUAACAAUCAAAACACAAUUACAUUCACGAACAAAGAGAGACACUUGUUUUUGUUUUAUGAUAAUGUUUUAAAAAUUAUAGUCCAGAAAACAUCAUCACCAAAAAAUGGAUUUCAGUUUUUACUUCAAAGUUCCCAUUUAUAUUCUUAAAAAGCUAAGGAGAUCGUAAGAUAACCUUGGUAAGGUUCUAAAACAGGAAAACUUUUUCUGUUGCUAUAUCAAAAUUAGAAGCCUGGUAAUUUGUGGUGAAACGCUUUGUUAGACUUCUCCAUGGGUCUUCUGGAAUCGUGCAGAUUCUUACCGGGUUUCUCUUUGCAUAAAAGAAAAAAGGUUAAACAUAUGCAAAUGAGUUAUUUCCUCAAAGUUUACCUCGCUAUAACGUAUUUUGUACAAAACCGAUUUUCCAGUUGACUGCCCUGUCACGUGACAUUAUCGAAGAGAGUUAAUGAUACGCGAAAUUCACGCCUGAAAAUCUCGAACCAGUCCUUUCCGGCUUUAACUGCAAUGAACGUUACGAGAAAAAUUAUAUAUUUUUUUUCAAGUAAGUCGGUGUAGUUCUGUUUAAAUCAGAUUGGAAAUCAUAUUAGCUUAUGACUUUCUCAAAAGGCUUAUCUGGUGUUAUGAUACUUUAUUAAAAUGAUAAAAGACAGGCACUUUCUUGAAGAUAUCAAUCAAAUUUCAAGCGGAAUCUCGAAACUUUACAUGAAACAUGGCACCUUGUUCAAUUUCCGAAGUGUAUAUGGCUUUAAGCACAAAAAAAACACGUCUUUGUGUGCUUCCUUUAAACGUAUCUAAGCAGCAGUUAAAAGGUUGAAUUUGUAUCAUAAUGAAACAGCAAAUUCAAUCUACUUAUCCAGGCUACAGAAUCAGACACAAUAGUUGUUUCCGAUAGCCUCAAAACAUGCUCUUCGGUGUGUUGUGACUUAAAAAAAGUAAGAUGUAUCAGAAAUGUCUCCUCUCAUUUUGACGUUCGUGUUAUUGCUGCAGAAUCAGUUUGAAAGUAAGAUAUAUCGUUCUCUCUCAUUCAUGUUCCCUUUUUGAUUUUUUAGUUCACUUGGCCGUUUAAUGAAAAUAAACACGCUUUGAGGUUGUGUUUUAAUCAAAAGAGAAUUUACUCAUAACGGACUAGCGAAAAGAACAAUGAAUUCUAUUUAUUUCUGUACCUCAUUACUCAUGCAGAUAUAUGCUUCUUUUUCAAAAACGGAACUCUCUUUUUUGAGAAAGGACACAUAUUUUAAAAUCAUUAACAUCUUUUAAAACGCAGUUUCGUCUCACUGUAACGAGUUAUUUAAAUUGACGCUGUGUCGUCAAAAGAAGGUUGCAUGUUUUUGUAGGGAUAAUCUGUGAAAUUCGUACACCAAAUCAGCUGCAAAGGUGUCACAUUGAAACUCUUACGUUCAACCUUAUCUUUCAGCUACAUGUGGCCCAUUGUUUCGAUGUAGUUUUCACAUAAUCGCCAGAUGGCAGCUAAUAAAAUUAGCUUUUCGAAAACCACAACAUCAUUGGUUAUUCACGCUAUCUGCGAGGAAAACCCACUCGGAGUUGAGCUGUGUAAGUUGGAACAGUGGGUGUGGAAAGCCCUGUGAGGCUCUUCCAAGAUUGGUAGCCGUAUAUUUGCUUCUUUUCGAGUCGAAUUCGUUAAUUUCUGAGCUUUUCAUACGCACAAUACUUCACGAAGGAUUGAUCAUUAAUAUGGUAAAACACACACGACUCUGACACGUCUAAUUCUUGUAGGCUCCACAAUCAGGCAUGAAUUAAGAGAUGACAACAGGCGUUACUCUUGAAUAAGACCCAACUUGUAAAGAGUUAGAAAAUCAUUAGUAUGUCACCAAUGAACCACUAAUUAGAGACGUGAGUCUGUAAUCACUCAUGGAGUCUGCUUGUGCCGUCAGAGUAUUGUAUGAAAUUUCUAUAAUCAAUUACCCCGGCGCCAGGUGCAAUUCACAAAUGUUACUGGGUAUGCCUCCUGGGCCAAGUUCUACCUUUGUCCAACCUUAAAAGCUUCGUACCAACAACUAUUGUCUGUUAACCACUGGGAAAACGUCACGAGAAAGCCGUUUUUCGACGGAUUGUGAACCGCAGAAAGAGAAGAAAACACUAACCCUUUACCGAUUUAUGAAAAGAAGCUGGGAUUCUUGCGCAUGCGCAUAAAUUAGUUAAGACACCGUUGAUCGUCAGAGUGUUUACACUUUUAGAGAAAGAAGAUUUGCCAAGGCAUCUAAAGGUGAAGUGAUUUUCACCAAGGGUGUCUCUACUAAAUAUUUUUCAAACCGUUAUCCGAUCGUCAAGGCCCCGCUCAGUCUGACCUUUUCAAACAUGCAAAUUUCAACCAACGGGGUAAUUUUGCAAAAUUAGACGAAAUUGACGGUCGUAGCUUGAGUGUACGGUUUCCAAUUAUUACCAGAAACGGGAUAGUUUCCAAGAGAAAGGAUGUCAUAAAAGCAUGUUUUUGAUAUGACACUCCUCGGUUUCAUCUUGGGGAAGCGCUAUUGAGGAUCAAACGCAGCUAAUUUUGGCUUUGUUGGUUAGCUUGUUAGCAGAACGGUGUUUUUUAAAGAGCCCAUCGAUCUUUGUUAUCUAACGUGCAGAAUUAAUGAUUAGAUAGCACGUGCUUUAUUUAACAAGAAUUUGCAUUGUGAAUACCAUUAUGUGCUUGAUUUACUUGUCUUUAAAUUCGUGAAACGAUGAGUACGGAUUUAUUUUUUUCCCGAGGCGUGCCUAGUCCAAGUCUUUGUUUACCUGUAUUUCUCUUUGUGACCACGUGCGAAUUACAAAUCCUACAAAACUGGCCUGGCGUUUAAGAGUUUAAAGUUAAACACAGCCAGCCUUCGAAAGCGCAAGAACACCUUAACAUACCAACCGCACAAUAAUUUGCGCCUUGGUUCAGCAUAAACAGGUAAGAGGGCGUUUAUCUGCGUAAAUUACAUCUAGACUUUAGAAAAAAAUAUUAACAGGUAAGGUUUGAUAAAUUAAUUACUGCGGGUACUUUUUGAUCAUUUCACGUCUGCAAGAACCUGUUAUUAAGUUUUACUUUCCAUAGGAAUCGCACAACGCUUGAAAAAAAAUAAUAAUAACCAAAUCAUGGCUGAAACGCUCGUUAAAUUUAUUCGCAACCUAGCUCUGACUUUUUGUUUAUUUAUCAUAAAAGUAUGUCAUGUCUUCUCUUUCAGGUUGCUUCAGGGAUAUUUCUUGGCAAUGAGCGCUCAGGAAUCAAGAAGGGGUCUUUUUCAAAGCCAAUCGCAAGGAAAGAAAUUUAGCUCCAUAACCUCCAAGAGUUUUAUGAAGCAAAGUGGAGGAAAGCACACAAAUGGGAAAUCGUUGGGCGUGCAGCUGGAAGAUAAAAACUCCAAACUGUUGACAAAUGCCAUACAAAGUGAUUCAAGGGGAACAAAAUGGGCAAAAACUCAUGGCAAUGAAUGGCAAGCAAAGCGGAGGACGCGUCCGAGUGGGGUUAGAACAACAAGACAAAUCAGGCGAAACGAGAGAGAAAGAGGAAGGAAAGCAAGAUUAAACGCGGCCUUUCAAGUCCUUCGUUCAGUUGUACCAAGUAACGUGAAUUCUUCUGGAGGAGUCAGCGAACGAAAGAUGACUCAAGUUGAAAUCCUACGUCUGGCUAAAAAUUAUAUUUCGAACCUUACGGAACUACUCGACAAAAUCAAAGAAGAAGAGAAGUACUCUCUUCGAGCUUUCAAUGCUUAAAUACUUUUAUUGUUAUCGUGAUGAGAUUCCUCCCGUCACUUUGGUAGUUUGGUUUUUAAAACUACGUGAAUGCAACGAAAAGCCAGCGAUUAGAAAUUUAGAAAUACAAAAUGCUGAAGCAAAAACACCUCUGGUUAAUUUGAAGUUCAACGAGAACCCCUUGAGACUUCACUCUCGGCAAUCUAAUUAGCAUGUUGCAAUGUGACAGUUGUAUCCCCUUUUUGUUAAGUGACAAUGAGAUGAUAUUGUUUUAGAGUGUUUUCUCGCAGAAAAUAAAGCUGUGAAAAUUUCCCGAUUCGGGGACUUAAACACUGUACGAGCAAGUGCUUUUUUUUACACAUUGUAUUAUAUAUUGCAAACAACAACAAAAAAAUAACCUGCCAAAAUGAACUUGCAAAAUAUUACACGCGAAACGGUAAAAGUGCCACACAGGAUUGUAUUCGUCCUUGUCUGGUGAAUAUGAGUAAACACUUCUUAAUAAAGUCAAAUGGUUG